AUGGAAACCCUCCCCCGACGUAACCUCUCCCCGCGACGGAAUCAUCACCCUUCCGGCCUCCGUUACGAUUCCUCAACGACCAUCGGUGGCCCAUCCCAUCCGUCGGCCAUCCUCCGACUUCACACCACAGGUGUUACAUACACCCCCCCUUGGGACUCAACGCCCUCGUUGAGGUGUUACAACGAUGACCCUCCUCACCUUUCCGGCGAAGACGAUGACCCUCCUACCCUUCCGGCGUUGGCCCUCCUCCCCUUUCCGGCGAAGACGACGAAAAAGAAUAUGAGUCAGAGAAGUGAGUUCCUCGAGAAGUUGUGGAGCGGCGUCGGAUGCACGCUAGGAAAGACAAAUCGCACAGAGCAGGGAGUAGAGCACGUUCCGGACUACCAGCGAGAGCGAUUAGGGAGCUUGCAAAAUGGAGCAAUGACAAUGAAGAUAUUUAUGGUCCAGCAACUCUUAAUGUCGAGUUUCAACAAAAGUUAA